CAUCAAAAUCGGAAAGCAAAACGAAACGUCAAUUUAUUUCUUGUUUGUCAAAUUUCACAAAAAAUCACGUUAAUGUUAUUCGUUUGCAACUAAACGGCCAUCACAAGUUCCUCAUAGUCCAGUCAAUCGAUGGAAAAGCCCAAAUCGUCGGUCGUAAAAUCGAAUAAUCCAAAGCCAGUGAGUGUUUUCUACGUUUGGUACGCCGAACUGUGUCGUCGUCUCAACAUCAACCCUUCGACUUGUGUGAAGCCGGCCAAACCGAAAUGCCAAACGGUGCUCGAUUUCGUAGCGGACCGUUUGAAAGUGGAAGAUUGGAACCCGGUGCUAAACGCAUUGCGCCAAGACACGAGUUUGCACGUUAUAGCCGUACGCAGCAAAAUAGGUAACUGUCAAUUUUUGCACGACGUCGACACGGAGGAAAAGGCCAGAAACGUCAAACGGAAAUACGGCAGCAUUUGGACGGCCUACAUCCUACGGCAAGUACUAAAAUCCCUUUCCUACACUUUAAGAAGCACCCAAGUCUUAACUUAUCUCGAACUAGAAGGUCUGCCUCUGUUCAUGCAGUACCUAGAACCCCUCAUGCAAGCUUUGAAGAAAAACAAAACGCUAAAAUCGCUCUCGUUUUCGAACUGCUUGAUUCAAGACAUCGGCUGUCAAAUGGUAUGCUCCUAUCUGCGAUUCACUCCCAAUAUAGAGAUACUUAACUUAUCUGGAUGCAAUCUUUCACCUGUCAGCGGUGAGCACCUGGCGAAGUUAAUCAAGUACCAGCAAAUCAACAGGUACUGCGAGAGCUGGCACAAUUCCUUGAGGUACGAGAAUCCAGAUGCAGGAAAAAUGAGAGGUAUAAAACGAAUAACCAUCAACUGUAACACGUUCUUUGGUGACGCCGGUCUAAGUUUUAUUCUCAACGAGCUUGAGGAUGACUUAUGGGUGAAAGCUCUGGAUAUGCAACGAUGUGGAUUCACCGAAAACCUCGCUUCUAGGAUUAUAGACGUGGUAGAAUACAAUAAAACCCUGGAAAUAGUAGACUUACGAAGAAAUGAACUGCUAACUCUAUCGACCAUUGAAAAAGUUCUUCAUGCUUUGCAGCAACGUCAACGUUUCGGCAUGCAGAGCGAAUUCCAGUGGUGCGCCACAGCAGUAAGCUUAACGUGGUCCUCCAUUUAUUCUUCGGCUUCAAAGAGUUCCCUCGCGCCUACGUUGAAGAGCGUUCACAAAACCAGGUCAGCACCGAUGAAGAGUUCCAGCUCGAAGGCCAGCGCUGUCACUUGGGAUCCAACUGUUCGAAAAACCAGGACUUUGGAAUCGGUAAAUAAAAGCGUGACGAAAUUUGCAAGUUUGCAGGACACGAAAAAGCAAGUCUUGGAGUUGAACGAUAAACUUCAAAAGGAGAUACAGAAAAGGAAGGAAAUUGAAAAGAAAAACGAAGAGUUACAGUGUCAGUUGAAACAUAUAAAAACAAAUUCGUAUAUUUCUUCGAAAGAUAGUUCGAAGCAAAUCGGGCCAAAGGAUGAGAAAAAAACUAUCAAGGUAAAUGGGAUAAAUGGUAUUAAGAAACCUUUUGUUCCAAACGGAUUGCACGUGAAGAAAGUUGAAAUACGUAACAACGUAGUCAAAGAACCUAAUAAUCCUCCUCCGUUAGUGAUGAGAAGGAAAGAAGGUAAAAAAACUCUAAAAAAGGAAUGUCCAGCAAACGGGAUAGUUAAAAACGGACUACGCAAAAACGGAAUAAUAAAUGGAUUUAAAAAUCAAGUUCCGAACGGAUACAACAACCAAGGUAGUCACUUGUACAACAUUCUGGAGAAAAUCCUUAGCACUGGAAAACCGCUAGAAGAAAACAUCGAAUGCGAAAUGAUGAAUUACCUGAAUAACAAUAAUCUAAAGGAUGAAGACAAAGCCACGUCCAAAAACCACUCGAUUUCGACCAGCCAGGUAUCGUUAUACCAGUAUAUGGAAGAACUGAAAACGGACAAUACCUAGUAGAGCUGCUCCCCAUCGAUCUACACUAAUAAAUUAAAUUUAAGAACAUAAAGGUGACUUUCAUUUCAAACAAACGAAGGAUAUAGAUUUCAAUUAGCGUGUGAUUUUUUUCGUAAUUUUUAAACUGAAUUUGUCCCCUCGAUUAAUGUAAGGUACUGUAAAAAAGGCAGCUGUCAAAAUUUGAUGUUAAUAAAAUUAAAUAUGACUAGGA